AUGAGCGAGGGGGCUGCCGGCGCCGCGGCGCCCGGAGCGGCAGAGGCGGCGGCGGUGGGGGGCCCGGGCGGGGAUGAGGCCGGGGGUCCACCGCGGGAGCUGCGCUGCAGCGACUGCAUCGUCUGGAACCGGCAGCAGACGUGGCUGUGCGUGGUGCCUCUCUUCAUCGGCUUCAUCGGCCUGGGGCUCAGCCUCAUGCUGCUCAAGUGGAUCGUGGUGGGCUCCGUCAAGGAGUACGUCCCCACCGAGCUGAUGGACGCCAAGGGCGUGGGGCAAGACCCCUUCUUCCUCUCCAAGCCCACCACCCCGCCCCGCGGCGCGGAGACUACCGCCGCCGCCACGCCGCGGCCGCCCAGCCGCGUCAGCCCCCGCCUCACCACGAUGAGCCGGGCCCCCCCGCGACCUCCCGGCACCCGCGGACCAGCGCGGGGCGGCCCGCGGCCCACCGCGGCUCGGCACCCCCCUGCGCCCCAUACGGCGCCCCCCGCCAGCGGCUCCCCCGGAACAGUCGGCCGCGGCGCCCGGCCGCCGCCCGCCGCCCCCAGCACCCCGCCGCUGCCCGCAUGGCCCACUGCGGCACACGCUACCUCCUCCUACAAGAUCUAUGUCCACGACUCGGCGCCGUCCUGGACCUUGUCUCCCUUUCAGGAGUCAACCACCACCACGCCGGAGGCCAGCACGACCCCCAAAAUCCAUACUACAACGUAUUCCACUGAGCGAUCUGAGCACUUUAAGCCAUGCAAAGACAAAGAUCUUGCAUAUUGUCUCAAUGAAGGGGAAUGCUUUGUGAUUGAAACGCUAACAGGAUCACAUAAACACUGCCGGUGCAAAGAGGGCUACCAAGGAGUCCGCUGUGACCAAUUUUUGCCGAAAACCGACUCAAUCUUGUCAGAUCCAACAGACCAUUUAGGAAUUGAAUUCAUGGAGAGCGAAGAAGUGUACCAGCGCCAGGUGCUGUCUAUUUCCUGUAUCGUCUUUGGCAUAGUCGUAGUGGGCAUGCUUUGUGCAGCGUUCUACUUCAAAACAAAGAAACAAGCAAAGCAAAUUCAUGAACAGCUGAAAGAAACACAGAAUAGGAAAACCUACAGCCUAAAUGCUUCCAGCAUGAUGGCUAAGUCAGAGUGUAUGGCGCAAAGCCAAGUCCAGCUGCAAAAUUAUUCAAAAACAGAUAGGCACCCUGGGCCUAUUCUUCACAAAGUUAUGGAGUCUAGUUUUUCAGGCCCUCAAUCUUUCCCAGAGGCCUUGUCUCCAGACAGAGGAACCCAGCCCAUCAAGCCACAUAGAAGUCUCUCUUCAUGCUGCAGCCCAGGACAAAAAAGUGGGAUGCUGCAUAGAAAUGCCUUUCGGAGGACUCCUCCCUUACCUCGGGGUAGGUUCAAUGGAAUUACAGGACCAGCAUAUCAACAGCUAGAAGAGUCAAGGAUCACAGACCAGGACACAAUACCUUGUCACGGGUAUUCAUCCAGUGGUUUAAAAACUCCUCAGAAUACUUCAAUAAAUAUGCAACUGCCUUCAAGAGAGACAACCCCUUAUUUUAAUAACAUGGAUCAGAAGGACUUGGUCAGCUAUUCAUCUUCAAGGGCCAACUCUGUUCCCAUCAUCCCGUCUGUGGGCUUGGACGAAGCCUGCAUGCAAAUGCAAAAUGUUUCUGAAGUAACAGGCAUCAAAUGGUGCAAAAACUCCUAUUCAGCUGAACUUGUCAAUGUGAGUUCCCCAGUCAGUAAUUGUCUUAUAGCAGAACAACACGAAGUGAAAAUAUUGCUAGAAACUGUGCAGGAGCAGAUUCGGAUUCUGACGGACGCAAGGCGGUCGGAGGACUAUGAACUGGCGAGAGUAGAAGCAGAGAACAGCACGAGUGAAAACACAGCCUUUCUGCCCAUGAGCCCCAUGGCCAAGUCAGAGCAAGAGGCACAAUUUGUCUUAAAAAGUGAAACGCAAAGAGACUCGGUAUUGACCAAGUGACUUCGUGUGGGGAUUUUGGGAGGGGAAACGAGAUCUGUGCAUUUGAUGCUUUGUUAAACAGGAAGGGAGGAAAUUAAUUACAAAUUAUUUAUAUGCAUUAAUUUAAGAGCAUCUACUUAGAAGAAACCAAAUAGUCAAUCGCCCUCAUAUCAUAGUGUUUUUUAACAAAAUAUUUUUUUAAGGGAAAAGUUCCAGGAGGGAUGGUGUGUGCAUCAGGUGCUUUCUAGGCAGGAUUACACAUAAAGUUUCGGUUACAGAGCAUUUACCAUUGUCCUCUUUAGCUGUCCAGAGGCUUAGGCUAUGCAUCUUUUCUUUCAGUAAAGGCCAAGACCAUUCUUAGAUUCAUUUCUGGUUUCAGGGCAGCGCUGCAGUCAGCUGCUGCCCAGGGACUCAGACCCUGGGGAGCAAGUCCCAUGACCCCACCACAGACCCAGUACCCUCUCUCCCUCUCCUCUUGGUUCCAGGUUCACACCAUGGCACGCAGGUCUGGUACCUACUGUGGAAUGACAAUAAAUCCCUAAAUUGAGCCAGACACUUAACCUUCAACCUUACUUUAAUGUGUCACUAAGCCCAAGAAAGUCAAUGGAAACAGGAGCUUUGUGUUCAGUCAAGUGUGGAGUGGGACUGGGGUCUGUAUUGGUAUGAUAUAUGUUACGGGGUAGAGUUUCAGUGGUCAGGAGCCUGCAGGUGCUCCAUUUUCUGAGCUUUGCCUAUCGGAGCAGCCUUAGUGG